AAAUCUUACUACUAGCUAUCAUCUUCCAAACACAUACACAUACACCUUCAUCAACCAUCAUGGGUCGGGUCACUAUUAUUCAAGUAUUAGCUCUCUCUUCACUUCUCAUCAUCUUCCCAAACUUGGCUUCUGCUCAACUCAAGCAAAACUACUACGCAAACGUUUGCCCGAAUGUAGAAACAAUCGUUCGCAACGCAGUCCAGGCUAAGGUUCGACAGACAUUUAUUACAAUCCCAGGAACUCUUCGUUUGUUCUUCCAUGAUUGUUUCGUUCAAGGGUGUGACGCUUCGGUUAUGAUAGCAUCCAGCGGGUCCAACACUGCGGAAAAAGACCAUCCGGAUAACCUGUCGUUGGCUGGAGACGGGUUUGAUACGGUUAUUAAAGCUAAAGCGGCGGUUGAUGCUGUCCCGAGUUGCAGAAAUAAGGUUUCGUGUGCGGAUAUUCUUGUCAUGGCUACGCGUGAUGUUGUUGUGAUGGCGGGGGGACCGUCGUAUGCGGUGGAGCUCGGGAGGUUUGACGGGUUGAGUUCGACAGCGGCUAGUGUGGGUGGGAAGUUGCCUAAACCAAACAUGAAUUUGGAUCAGCUUAACGCCAUGUUUGCGGCUAACGGGUUGACCCAAGUCGACAUGAUUGCUCUCUCAGGUGCACACACGGUGGGAUUCUCGCAUUGCGACCAAUUCACAAACAGGAUAUACAACUUCAGCAAGCAGAGCCUAGUGGACCCAACUCUAAACCCAACUUACGCAGCCCAAUUGCAGCAACAGUGUCCAAAAAACGUUGACCCACAGAUAGCUAUAAAUAUGGAUCCAAACACGCCCAAUACAUUUGACAACAUGUACUUCAAGAAUUUGCAACAAGGAAAAGGAUUGUUCACCUCUGACCAGGUCCUCUUCACUGACUCAAGGUCGAAGCAGACGGUGGACUCGUGGGCCUCGAGCACGAAAGCUUUCAAUAACGCAUUUGUUGCAGCCAUGACUAAACUGGGUCGGGUUGGGGUUAAGAAUGCCAAGAAUGGGAAUAUCAGGCGAGAUUGUUCUGCAUUUAAUUGAUGUUAUACUCAUAUAUUACUAAGCUGAUUGCAUAAAUUAAACACUCUAUUUACUUA